AUGAAUGUUGUUCAAGUUUUAAAUUCUAGCAACCAGGUUUUAAAUUUUGCCAACCAGGUUAUAAAUUCUGCCAACCAGGUUUUAAAUUCUGGCAACCAGGUUUUACAUUCUAGCAACCAGGUUUUAAAUUCUGGCAACCAUGUUUUAAAUUCUGGCAACCAGGUUUUAAAUUCUGCCAACCAGGUUUUAAAUUCUGGCAACCAGGUUAUAAAUUCUGCCAACCAGGUUUUGAAUUCUGGCAACCAGGUUUUAAAUUCAGGCAACCAGGUUUUAAAUUCUGGCAAACAGGUUUUAAACUCUGCCAACCAGGUUUUACAUUCUAGCAACCACGUUUUAAAUUCUGGCAACCAGGUUUUAAAUUCUGCCAAACAGGUUUUAAAUUCUGGUAACCAGGUUUUAAAUUCUGGCAACCAGGUUUUAAAUUCUGGCAACCAGGUUUUAAAUUCUGGCAACCAGGUUUUAAAUUCUGGCAACCAGGUGUUAAAUUCUGGCAACCAGGUUUUAAAUUCUGCCAACCAGGUUUUAAAUUCUGGCAACCAAGUUUUAAAUUCUGGCAACCAGGUUUUAAAUUCUGGCAACCAGGUUUUAAAUUCUGGCAACCAAGUUUUAAAUUCUGGCAACCAGGUUUUAAAUUCUGGCAACCAGGUUUUAAAUUCUGGCAAUCAGGUUUUAAAUCCUAGCAACCAGGUUUUAAAUUCUGGCAACCAGGUUUUAAAUUCUGGCAACCAAGUUUUAAAUUCUGGCAAUCAGGUUUUAAAUUCUGGCAACCAGGUUUUAAAUUCUAGCAAUCAGGUUUUAAAUCCUAGCAACCAGGUUUUAAAUUCUGGCAACCAGGUUUUAAAUUCUGGCAAUCAGGUUUUAAAUCCUAGCAACCAGGUUUUAAAUUCUGGCAACCAGGUUUUAAAUUCUGCCAACCAGGAUCACAGCUACACCUCUUCUGGGGAGCAAAGGACCGCAACUACACCUCUUCUGGGGAGCAAAGGAUCACAGCUACAUCUCUUCUGGGGAGCAAAGGACCGCAACUACACCUCUUCUGUGGAGCAAAGGAUCACAGCUACACCUCUUCUGGGGAGCAAAGGACCGCAACUACACCUCUUCUGUGGAGCAAAGGAUCACAGCUACACCUCUUCUGGGGAGCUAAGGGUUAUAACUACAGCUCUCAUGGGUAGCAAUGGGCUACAACUACACAUCUCCUACGAAGCUAAGGGUUAUAACUACAGCUCUCAUGGGUAG